AUGGGACCUAUAUUUCUUGACUGUGUGAACGCCUGUUCUGUUGUUUCCAUCCGUUAUGAAUCCUACUCGGAACGUGGCGGUGGUGGGGGACCUGUAGACUUAGAGACUCGUAGACGAUUACAAGUAGAAGCUAUCGAACGCCGAUUAGCUGAAAGUGAAUCACGUGGGAUUGGAGAUCUUGCAAAAGUUAGAAGAAAACAAGAACGUAUUGAAGAGUUAGAAAAGAAACAGUAUAGUGAUAAACCAUCAGAUAAUACAUUACGAUGGAAUGUCAGUUAG